AAAAUUUCUCCUACUAUUAUCCCAAAUAAGCAUAACCCUAAAUCUCUAAAUCAAACUAUUAUGGCCUAAAACUUUGCUAUUAUUAAUUUUCACAUAUAUACAUAGUGGUGUAUAUAUAUAUAUGUAUAUAUGCAUGGAAGUGAUGUAAAAAAUAUGAAGGGCCUUCUAGGUUUAUACAUAUGUAUUUGUAUCUAGAUAUGUAAGUUAUAUAUUAAGUUUCUUCUUGUCUGAUUUGUUAUUUGGGAAGUUUGUUUGCUUUUUGAAACUGAAAUCCUCUCUCUGAUCAUAUCUCUAACUUAUCUCGAUGGGAUUUGUAUGAAUUUUCGACGUAUAUAUAAACUUUAAUUAUUUAAUUGUUUGAAUAUGAAUAAAGGAUGAGAAAAGAAACUUCAAAAGUGGAUGAUCUCUUCUCUACUAAGAAGAAGGAGAAGGAAAAUUAACUCUACAUAUGUGAUUAAAUUUAAGAAUAUAACAAUCCAAAAUUUCAUCGAUAGAAUAAUAUAAUAAAACCUUCGAAGAAUUUAGAAGAAGAAUACAGUCAUCAAUCACUGUGAUAUUAUUGUCACGCAUGAUAAUAUAACACGAAAAUAAUAAUAAUAAUUUAAUUUUCAUUGUAACAUCAUCAUUUUUUUUGUAAGUAUAAAGUAUAAACCAACACUAUAUAUACUUAUCUUAAAAAAUUUACACGGAUAAAAAAGUAUGAAAAUUGUAUGUUUAAUACAUAAUUUCAGUAAGAAUUAUUUUGGGAGAAGGGAGAGAUUUGUCUAUAGAAUUAGGUGGAUAUUUUUUUUUUAUAUUAUAAAGGGGCAAAAGUCCAGAGAAAAGAAAAAACUAAUUACAAACUAAACGGGGUAAGGUAACUCCUCUAUCAUCUUCACUCAAGAUUCUCACUACCUCAGGGGGAGGCAUAUUCCAAAAAAUAAACUCUGAUUCUAUUUUUAAACUCAUUUUUGCAAGGUAAUCUGCACAUUUAUUACCUUCUCUAUAAUUUUGUACAAAAAAUAUGUUCAAGUCCUUCUUUCUCAUGUCAUUUAUCUCUCUAACAUUUGCAUUGGGAUGACUUUCCAGCUUCUUUCCUCCAUUCAAAAGGCUAACCACUGCUGCAGAAUCAAUUUCCACCACCACUCUUUUGAAGUCCAUGGUCCACGCUACAUUGAGGCCAUUCUUCACUCCCCAGAGUUCUGCCAAAAACGCCAUUCCAGCCCCUAUCCUGUGGGUGAAGCCUGCGAUCCACUUUCCUUCUUCAUUCUUGAGGAGCCCGCCGCACCCAAUAACAAUCGGGUUCCCUUGCGUUGUGCCGUCAGUGUUCAAUUUAAUCCAACCCCUCGGAGGAGGAUGCCAGCCAAUGUUUCUCUCAGUUCUUCCUGUCCGCUUUCCGACUAGCCCCCAUCGCCAUCAUUCGGUGCCAUUGUGCCAUUUCGCCGUCAUUGACUACUUUCCACGACUCCAUCCGUUGUCGUUGAGGAGCAUCCACUUGGAGGUUGUUUCUACCAUGAAGGAGCUUGUUUCUUUUUUGCGAGUUGUUGCCUCUGUUAUUUGCCGCUUGCCUCUAUCAGCUGUAAUGCUAUCCUUCCUCCUUCGUUCAGGAACAGAAAUAAGGAGCCCCUUUUUUAUUUUGAUUCUGAACCUGAAAGAACUUUCAGGCGGCGCUUGCAACAAGCUAGGCUCUACAAGGCUAGUGGAAAUCUAAGUGAGAAUUUUGAAAAGGAAACUGCAGAGUCCACCAUGGAUCAGAAUCAUGCUGUGAAUACCAAUAUGGCAAAUCUGAAUGAGAAUGAGCAACCUAGAAGAGUGCUUGGCUCAUACACUGCUCCCAAUGCAGAUCUUUAUAGAAAGAGUAUUGUGGUGCCUCCUAUAGCUACAAACAACUUUGAACUGAAGCCACAGUUGGUUACUCUUGUUGAGCAAAACUGUCAGUAUUAUGGACUCCCUCAAGAAGAUCCAAAUCAGUUUAUUUUUAAUUUUCUACAGAUUUGUGAUACUGUGAAGACCAAUGAAGUGAAUCCUGAGGUUUACAAGCUCAUGCUCUUCCCAUUUCCUUUCAGGGAUAGAGCAAAGCUGUGGUUAGAUUCUCAACCCAAGAAGAGUCUGGAUACUUGGGAUAAGGUUGUCACUGGAUUUCUGAAUAAAUUUCUUCCACCAAAAAAGCUGACUAAGCUUAGGGUGGAAGUGCAGACCUUCAGGCAAAAGGAUGGUGAGACCUUCUAUGAAGCUUAGGAGAGAUACAAGCUACUGACCAGGCAAUGCCCUCCGGACAUAUUUUCUAAAUGGACUCAGCUAGAUAUCUUUUAUGAGGGCUUGUGUGAAAUGUCCAAUAUGUGAUUAGAUAAUUCUAUAGGCAGUUCAUUGCACAUGAAGAAGAUACCGGAGGAGACUACUGAGCUAAUUGAGUUGGUUGCUAGUAACCAAUAUUUAUGCUCAUCUAACAGGAAUCUUGUGAACUCUGAGAUCCCUCAGAAGAAAGGCGUAUUGGAAGUAGAAUCUUUUGAUGCCCUUCUUGCUCAGAACAAAAUUCUAUCUCAGCAGAUGAAUCUAAUUACUCAACAAUUUAGUGGGAUGCAAGUUUCAGCUGUCAACACUCAGAAUGUACCUCAAGAGGCCCUUUAUGAUAUGACAGGUAACUCUAUGCAAAGUGAGAACUAUGAUUAUACUCAAUCUUCUUCUGAACAGGUCAAUUACAUCGGGAGUACUCCUAGAAACCCCAAUAAUGAUCCAUACUCUAAGACCUAUAAUCAGGGGUGGAGAAAUCACCCAAAUUUUGGGUAGAGAGAGCAACCUCAGAGAUCAUAGAAUUUUCACAACAAUUCUCAGGGCGGUUUCCAACAGAAUAAUCAUAAUAAUUGCCAAUUUUAGUCUCAUCAACAACAACCACGUCAGCAGGAAAAUUCUUAGCCCCAGCAGAACACUAAUUUAGAAACACUACCAAAUAGUUUUAUGCAGAAAACUAGAGCUUUCAUAAAAAAAACUUGGAGAUGUAAGUCGGCCAGUUGAGCAAGCAAAUACCUGAGAGGCCUCCAAGUACAUUUCCUGGUGAUACAAUGGUAAAUCCAAGAGAAGACUGCAAGGCAAUUCAAUUGAGAAGUGGUAAAGUAGCUGGUUCUGAGACUAAGGUCAAUGAAGAGCUAGUUGAAAAAGAAGCUCCAGAGGAGAAGACAGAAGAGGUGGAGCACGCCCCUCCAAAGCGUGCAGAUAACCUAUUCCCAGACUCCCUGGACACUCAUCCUACAUUGCCAAAGGCUCCUGAGUACAAGCCUAAAAUGUCAUACCCUCAAAGGCUUCAGAAGGCUUCCAAGGACAAGCAAUUUUCUAGAUUUUUAGAAGUCUUCAAGAAGCUGCAAAUCAACAUUUCUUUUGCAGAGGCUCUCGAGCAAAUGCCUCUCUAUGCUAAAUUCAUGAAAGAAUUAUUGACUAACAAGAGGAAUUGAAAGGAACAAGAAACAGUGGUGUUAACUAAGGAAUGCAGUGCUAUUAUUCAACACAACCUUCUUGAAAAGAUGCAGGAUCCAGGGAGCUUUGUAAUUCCUUGCACCAUUGGUGAUGUCACUAUUCAGAGAGCUUUAUGUGAUCAUGAAGCUAGCAUUAAUCUCAUGCAACUUUCAGUGAUCAAAAAGCUCCAAAUUGAAGAGGUAAAACCCACUCAUAUUUCUCUUCAACUUGCUGAUCUUUCUAUUAAAUUUCCUGUGGGUGUUGUUGAGGAUUUACAUGUGAAAGUAGGGUCAUUUAUUUUCCCUGCUAAUUUUGUUAUAUUGGAUAUGAAAGAGGAUGCAAAGUCUUCUAUUAUUCUUGGUAGAUCCUUUUUAGCUAUAGGUAGAGCUUUGAUUGAUGUACAAAAGGGUGAAUUAAUCCUGAGGGUCAAUAAAGAACAUGUGGUCCUUAAUGUAUUUGAAUCCCUCAAACACCCUAAUGAUUCUGAAGGGUGUAUGAGAGUUGUUAUUAUUGAACUAAUUGAUCAAGAGAUACUAGAAGCUGCGGUACUUGAUGAUAUCCUGGAUCCCCUUUCUGAAUAUGAAUUACUUGAGAUUGAUAAUUCACCACCCCAGAAGGACCUGGUACACAUGCCUAAGAGGGAGAAAGAUGUUCCCAAGCUUGAGCUAAAACCUUUGCUUCCUUUUCUGAAAUAUGUGAUCUUGGGUGAAAAUGAUUCAUAUCCAGUGAUUAUCAGCUCUUCCUUGAAGCCUGGAGAGGAAGAGGCGCUUAUUAUAGUGCUCAGGAGCCAUAAAAUAGCUCUUGGGUGGACCAUUGGUGAUUUAAAGGGGAUUAGUCCAACCAAGUAUAUGCACAAGAUCCUUCUUGAAGAUGAUGCUAAACCAGUUGUACAACCACAGAGGAGACUUAAUCCAACUAUGAAAGAGGUGGUCCAAAAAGAGGUAAUGAAACUAUGGGAAGCCAGUAUUAUAUACCCUAUUUCUGAUAUCCCUUGGGUGAGUCCUGUGCAGGUAAUUCCCAAGAAAUAAGGGAUGACAGUGAUCCAGAAUGAAAAGAAUGAGCUAAUUCCUACAAGAACCGUCAUAGGAUGGAGAAUGUGCAUAUCCUACAGGAGGCUCAACACUGCUACAAGGAAGGAUCACUUCCCCCUACUUUUCAUUGAUCAGAUGCUUGAGAGGUUAGCUGAUCAUGCUUUUUAUUGUUUUCUAGAUGGAUAUUCUGGAUAUAACCAAAUUGCAGUGGGUCCUCAAGAUCAAGAGAAAACAGCAUUCACAUGUCCUUUUGGAGUAUUUGCUUACAGGAGAAUGCCAUUUGGACUUUGUAAUGCUUCAGCAACUUUUCAGAGGUGUAUGCUUUCAAUUUUCUCUGACAUGGUUGAAAAUUUCAUUAAGAUCAUGCUGCUUUGAGGUACCUUCUAACCCAACAGGAUUCUAAACCAAGAUUAAUCAGAUGGGUGCUACUCCUUCAGGAUUUUGAUAUUGAGAUCAAAGACAGGAAAGGUUCAGAAAAUCAAGUGGCUAACCACCUUUCCAGAAUUGAACCUGAAGCAGGAGUACAACCACCCAGAGCUGUGGCUGAGACAUUUCUGGAUGAGCAAUUAUUUCUCAUUCAGCAGGCUCCAUGGUUCGCAGACAUUGCAAAUUACAAGGCCAUGAAUUUCAUUCCAAAGGAGUACAGCAAACAACAAGUGAAGAAGCUACUGACUGAUGCAAAAUACUACUUUUGGGAGGAGCCUUACCUUUUUAAGAGAUGCUCAGAUAGUAUAAUCUAGAGAUGUGUCCCAGAUGAGAAAACACAGCAGAUUCUUUGGCACUGUCAUGGCUCUAAUUAUGGAGGCCACUUUAGUGGUGAAAGGACAACUACUAAGAUCCUUCAGAACAAUUUUUACUGGCCGACUCUCUUCCGAGACUCAAGAGCAUUUGUGAAGAACUGUGACAGAUGUGAAAGAGCUAAGAAUCUCCCUACCAACCGUGAGAUGCCACAGCAGGGGAUUCUUGAGAUUGAGUUGUUUGAUGUGUGGGGUAUUGACUUCAUGGGACCUUUUUCACCCUCAUAUUCCAACAACUAUAUCUUGGUGGCAGUUGAUUAUGUGUCCAAGUGGGUAGAAGCUGUGGCUCUACCCACCAAUGAUGCCAAAGUGGUGAU